ACUGUAAUAGAUUAUCAGACUCAAAGUAAACACUAACAAAAGAGGCAUACAUGGCUACCUUCACGUUGCAUACUGAAACUGUUCAAUCAUGUUUACCUCUGAGUAGACUUCACAUCCUGUUUCACUUGGUGGCUGUACUACUCAUCUUCUACUAUCGAUUUACCCGCAUUUUCGAAAACAAUAGUGCUACUCUACCAUGGAAUCUCAUCACCGUAGCUGAACUAAUUCUUGGUGCGUUGUGGUUCUUUAACCAGGCGUUCCGGUGGCACCCUGUGUCAAGGUCAGUGAUGAUAGAGAAAUUGCCUAAGGAUGAAAAUUUGCCUGGUCUUGACAUCUUUGUGUGUACGCUCGAUCCUGAGAAGGAGCCAACUGUAGAGGUGAUGGACACUGUGAUCUCAGCUAUUGCCAUGGAUUAUCCCAGCAAUAAACUUGCAGUGUAUCUGUCCGAUGACGGUGGAUGUCCAGUGACUCUGUAUGGCAUUAAGGAGGCUUGGGAAUUUGCCCGGUCUUAUUGGCUUCCGUUCUGCAAAAAAUAUGGGAUUAAGUCAAGGUGCCCCAGAGUUUUCUUUUCUCCUAUGGGGGAGGAUGACCAGCUCCUUCGUUCUCACGAGUUCACGGCAGAGUACGAUGACAUUAAGGUUAAAUAUGAAAAAAUGCAAAAAAGAAUUGAAAAAUUCAGUUCAGACUCUAAAAAUUGUCAAAUUGUGACGAAUAGAUCAUCUCAUAUCGAGAUUAUAAAUGAACAGCCAGAAACACCACUUGUUGUUUAUGUGUCUCGUGAAAGGAGGCCGUCUCUUCCUCAUAAAUUCAAAGGAGGAGCUCUCAAUACAUUGCUCAGAGUCUCAGGUCUAAUUAGCAAUGGCCCUUAUGUUCUUGUAGUGGAUUGUGAUAUGUAUUGCAACGAUCCAUCCUCUGCCAAACAAGCUAUGUGCUUCUUCCUUGAUACCGAAACUUCUAAAUAUACUGCAUUUGUCCAGUUCCCUCAAAUGUUCCACAACCUUAGCAAGAAAGACAUUUAUGAUAACCAAUCCAGGACUGCCUUUAAGACAAUGUGGCAAGGCAUGGAUGGACUCAGGGGUCCAGGUCUUUCUGGUAGCGGCAAUUACUUGUACAGAAGUGCAUUAUUGUUUGGAAGUCCAAACCAAAAAGAUGAGUAUCUGCUGGAUGCCGAAAGCUACUUCGGAAAAUCCAGCAUGUACAUAGAAUCGCUCAAGGUCAUUCGAGGGCAGCAAAAUCCCAAAAAGAAUGUUCCAAGAGAUGCAAUUUUACAAGAAGCUCAAGUGGUUGCCUCCUGUUCCUAUGAGACAAACACAAAAUGGGGUACAGAGGUGGGAUUCUCGUACGGGAUCUUGUUGGAGAGUACAAUAACUGGGUAUCUGCUGCACUGCAGAGGAUGGAAAUCGGCUUAUCUGUACCCAAAAAGGCCGUGUUUCUUGGGAUGUGCCCCAACUGACAUAAAGGAAGGUAUGCUUCAGUUGGUGAAGUGGCUCUCUGAACUUUGCUUGCUCGGAGUGUCCAAAUACAGCCCUUUCACUUACGGCAUUUCCAGAAUGUCCAUCAUUCAUACCUUCACUUAUUGCUUCAUGACCAUGUCAUCCAUGUAUGCUGUUGCAUUCAUCCUUUACGGCAUUGUUCCUCAAGUAUGCUUCUUCAAAGGAAUUCCCCUAUUUCCAAAGGUUACAGAUCCAUGGUUCGUAGUGUUUGCAACGAUUCAUGUAUCCACCCAAACUCAACAUCUGAUUGAGGUCCUUUCUGGAGAUGGCUCUGUGGCAAUGUGGUGGGAUGAACAAAGAAUUUGGAUUCUAAAGUCUGUUACUGGCAGCUUAUUUGCACUAAUAGAUGGAACCAAGAAAUGGUUAGGAUUAAACAAGGUGAAAUUUAGCUUGUCAAACAAGGCCAUUGACAAAGAGAAGCUUAAGAAAUAUGAGCAGGGCAAGUUUGAUUUCCAAGGCGCAGCACUAUUCAUGUCUCCAUUGGUUGUGCUUCUUAUAGUGAACAUUGUCUGUUUCUUUGGGGGAUUAUGGAGACUACUCAAUGUCAAAGAUUUUGAGGACAUGUUCGGUCAACUUUUCCUACUUAGCUAUAUAUUAGUUCUUAGUUAUCCCAUUAUUGAGGGGAUAAUAACAAUGAAAAGCAAGAGUGGGUAGUAAAAUUUCUUUAUAAGUAGGCUUAUUCUAUGAUUAUAUAAUAAGAAUUGCAUAAUAAGUGUUUGUAUCUUGAGAAAAAAUAAUUAUAUUCCACGUUGUUGGGGGUUAGAUGAAUGUCUUAGUUGAGUUAGUUCUUUUACAUAGUCGUACACUAGUACACUACUAGUGCUUUGAUGUUCUGUAUUGUUGAUGGAGGUUAUCUGGUAGCCAAGAGUGGUGAUCUAACAAGGUAAUUUGUACAUGCAAAAA